AUGGAUUUAAUCUUAAAGAAAAAGCAGAAAAAUCACCAUAUUACUCCAGCUUUUAAGGACCCACAGAGUGAUCUGAAAAGUGAAGAGUGGAAUAUAAAUGCUGAAGUUAAGGUUGAUCCACUGCAUUUUAACAUCCCUGGACUACUACCCUCUGUUACUUUAACUAUUGCAGCCACUUCUGUUUUGUUGCAGAGUGAUUCUUCAGUACAGCCCAAUGAUGCAAGUUUUACAAAUCUACCAAGUCUGCUGACAUCAAAUAAUCAAGCCGGAGCAGUGAUCCAGUCAGUCCUUCCAAAUAUCAAACUGGAACCACAUGAAGUAGAUCAGUUUCUAAAUCUGCCUCAGAAAGAAACUGACUCUGUACAACUGCCUCCUACCCCACCAAGUAGCCUCAGCAGUGACUCAGAAGAUGGACACAGCCCCAUUAGAUCACUGCAGUCUUCAGGUUCUGAUGUGACACAUGUUGCCGUUAAGGUGGCAACACAUUCACCAUCAGCUCUGUCAGACUCCCCUCUUCUCACAGCACCUCAUAAGCUUCAGGGUACAGGUCCUUUGACUCUUACAGAAGAGGAAAAACGAACACUAAUUGCUGAGGGAUACCCUGUUCCUAAUAGGCUGCCGCUGACAAAAGCAGAGGAGAAGGCUUUAAAAAAAAUUCGUAGAAAAAUCAAGAACAAGAUAUCAGCACAAGAAAGCAGAAGAAAGAAGAAAGAGUACAUGGACAGUCUGGAAAAAAGAGUGGAAACCUGCUCAAAUGAAAACACUGAACUGCGCAAAAAAGUGGAAGCUCUUGAAAAUGCUAACAGAACAUUGCUUCAUCAGUUGCAGAGGCUGCAAGUCAUGGUGGCUGGAAGAGUCUCCAGAUCUUAUAAAGUAGCCAGCACACAAACUAGCACUUGCAUUAUGGUGAUGAUUCUUUGCUUUGCUGUAGCUCUUGGCAGUUUCUCUCAGAGCUUUGGACCAUAUUCUUCCAUAGCAAAAACUGCACUGUCAAACCAGAUUUCAACACAAGAGCUUUAUGCAUCAUCAGUUGUUCGAUCAAGAAAUUUAUUACAUUAUGAAGAUUCAGCCUAUCCUGAGGAAAGAUACACAGCAGCACCAUCUGCAGAUCACAUGGUUGUCUGGAAUACACAGAAAGAAAUGUCACUGUAUGUGGUACAUACUCUUGAGAAGACAGAAGAUCAGAAAACAGAAAGAGAAUUUAGACCAGUAAACAGCACUGUGAUGGAAAAGUCUGCCAUUAUGGACACACAGACACACUGGGUCAACUUAGAGCUUUACGCAAAUAAAACAAAAAUAGUAGAAAUUGAUGGGAGAGUCAACACCACUUCAUAGAAGAUGCCAUGCAACUUCUCAUGACCCUGUUUUUCCACCUAAGAAAUAAUUACCUAACAUGGAAUUUAUUUUUAACUGUCCACAGUUUUAUGCAUCCAUUUCAAAAAUGUUUGUAUGCUCAGUUUGUUUUAUGGUGUACCUGAAGCUUAAGUAUAUCACUUUUUUGCUGGCCAUUUGGGAAUCUAACAUUCUGAUGAACUAAAAUGCAUUGCUGAAUGAAUCAUUCAUUACUAGUGCGGAAAUAAAGGUACAUGAUCAUGCAGCAUGUUUCAUCCUGAACACUUAUUUUGUUUUUUAACUAUCCAUAGGAGAUACCGUUUACCAUUUUAGGUUGUUGCCAAGGAAUCUUAAGUAAUUUGACAGUAGAAGAUGUAAUGGCUGGCUGUUCCAUUUAUGAAUCAACCCUGUUCAAACAGUCACAAGUUAUAACAUACUGACCUUGAGUGCUGUCCGUUUCAUAGAGCUAAUAGUUCUUUUUUACACCUUAGCUAGUUUAACGCCACUCAGAAAUUCACUGAUGGUAGCAUAUUAGUUUUAUUGAAAACUAUCAUUAGCAUGUAUAAUCUUAUUAUGUUAGCUUUUUUUUAGAAAAUUGCAUUUAAAUCACUGAUCUUAGGAAAUGAUGGUGAUAUUUGUAUUGUUUGGGCAGCAGUAGGUAGUAAUCUAUACAACAUUAGCUUUACAGUUCCAGCCAUGUUGAAGUAAAAAGACUUUUAACAUAAAUGGGAUAAGGGUUCUUUUCCUUCUUUAUUUGUUUUACAGACUACUUUCUAGACAAACACUGUAUUGUAUUGUCAGGUCUGGAAAAGGCUUGUAGGUUUCCAGAGCAGCACAAGCAGUGUUUCUUUGAGAAGGAGACCAUAUGUAACCUGCAUCAUUAUUCCAUAUCAUUAUGUUUUAGUAAUAUUUGUAGAAAAGUUUACAGUAAGGUACUUUUCUGUUAAUUAUAUUUUCAUAAAUUUUAUGCAUGGAAGUAUUUGAUUUCAUUAUUUGACUUUCAAGUUGGAACAUGUAUUAUAAUAAAGGUUUUGCCAUAGUUGUA